AUGAAAUCAAUGAACACAAUCUCUCCCUCAAACCAAGGAACACAAACAGAACAAAAAAACAAGAUGAAUUCUUCAACAAUCUGUUCUGUGUUCCUUGGUUUGAUCCUAAUUUCUCAAUACCCUUUAGCUGCAAAUGCCAGAUCUAUACGUGGAACCCUAAUUUCCAUCGUUUGCAGAGAAUCAUCCAACAAGGCAGAAUGCAACAACAUCCUCAAAUCAAUUCCUCAAGCCACACAUGUCAAAAAUUUCCAUGGACUCGCAAAGGCAGUUCUUGAAAUGGCAAUCUACAAAGCUGCUGCAGGACAAAGUUUUCUUAAAACAUUAGCAGCAUCGACCAAUAGUCCAGCACUUACAAAGUGUGCGAAUAAUGAUUAUGACAAUGUUGUUAUGUCUUUUAAAAGCUCUCUAGGUGAGUUGGAGGAAGAUUAUGGAACUUCUAGUUAUGAUGCUAAGAUUGCUGGUGAUGGAAGUGAUCAAUGUGAGAGUGCAAUGGUUGCCGCAAAUGAUGUUAACCCACAAGUUACCGCUCUUAAUCAUCAGAUUAGUUUCUAUAGUGAAUUGGCAUUCCUAGUCACUCGUAACCUUUGAUUUGCCUUGUCGAUUAUGAGAAAAUUUAUUUGGGAGAGUUAUUAAUAAAAUACAGCAAUAUCUAUUGCUGUUUUAUGUGUUCAA